AUGAAAAUGAUAGAUUUUAUUAUGAUAAUGUAGAAUGUGUGUAGAUUCAAUUAAAUAAUUAUUAUUAUAAUAGUGAUUUCUUAAUAUUUCUAUAAGAUGAAUUUUAAUUAUUAGCUAGAUAAACUAACUAGGUUUUUAAAGAAAUAUGAAAGAGUAUCAACCUUAGAUGUUAUUUAUAUGUUUUUAUCUCAUCUUUUAGGUUUGAAUAAAACAUUAGAGUAAUUAAUUUAUAUUUAUAAAUUAGUUUUCGUUUUGGUUUUUGUAAAGAAACUUUGAUGGCAUUCUUUUUUUUACUUGGUUUAUUAUAAAGAAAUAUUUGA